GUAGGUUGGUAGGACUCGGUGAUAAUGAAUGGUAGUGCCAAAGUAGAUACAUGGUUCAUUUCCCAAGUUCAAAUUCUUGAAUAUAAACGAAGCUUGUUCUGAGGGAGUGAGAAAAUGGCAGGAAUUCUAUCUUUUUCUACUACUAUCGUUCAGGCCACAGCUAACCAGGAAUCAAUACAAAGGAUUGAGUUAACUUCAAGCGAUCUUAAGCUUCUUUUGGUUGGAGCCAUCCAAAAGGGACUUCUCUUCCCUAAACCAAAAUCAUGGCAUGACAGAAACUUACUCCAACACUUGAGAACCUCUCUUUCUCGCACGCUUGAUUUCUUCUUUCCCCUUGCAGGCCGCCUAGCAACUCUCCAAAACGACGACGACACCACCUGUUUUUUCAUUUCCUGCAACAACGCAGGAGCUCAGUUUGUUCACGCUGUAGCUGAAAACGUCACCAUUUCUGAUGUUCUUGAACCCAUCUACGUUCCUCCUAUAGUUCACUCUUUUUUCCCUCUAAAUGGGAUCAAAAACCACGAGGGUGUUUCGCAGCCACUUGUCGCAAUUCAAGUUACAGAGCUAGUUGAUGGAAUCUUUAUAGGCUGCACCAUGAACCAUACAGUUGCUGAUGGAACGACAUUUUGGAAUUUCAUCAAUUGUUGGUCUCAAAUCGCUCGUGGUUCUGAUCACGUUCCCAGAACUCCUGUCAUUGAACAUUGGUUUCGCAGCGAAAGAUAUUGCCCUGUCAGGUUGCCUAUCUCGAUCAUCAAAACUGACGAUGAGUUCACUCCACCACCGCUGCAAGAAAGAGUUUUUCAUUUCAGCAAGGAGAAAAUUACAGGGCUCAAAGCAAGAGCAAAUGCAGAGGCGGGCAUUGACAAAAUCUCCUCUCUCCAGUCACUUUUGGCUCAUUUGUGGCGAGGCGUAAUUAGAAACCGAAAACUCGAUCCUAAUCAGGAACCAAAUUUCCACUUGCAAAUUGGUAUUAGAUCAAGAUUGCAGCCAAAAAUACCAGAAGAGUAUUUUGGAAAUGCAAUUCAGGUUGGGACAGUGAAUCUGAAAGCAGGAGAGCUAGUAGAGCAUGGAGUUGGCUACGCAGCCCUCCAGAUUAACAAGAUGAUUGCCUGCUACACAGAAGACAAUGUGAGAAACAACUUAGAGUUUUCAAUAAAGAGUCCUAAGCUAGUAACAAUGAACACUUUGACAAGAAACGCAUUAAUCACAAGCAGUUCACCGAGGUUCAAUGUUUACGGUAAUGAUUUCGGUUGGGGAAGGCCAAUUGCAGUAAGAAGCGGACCUGCUAACAAGUUUGAUGGGAAGGUAACAAUAUUUCCAGGAGCUGAAGAAGGGAGUAUAGAUAUUGAAGUUUGCAUUUUGCCCCAGGUUUUGCAGGCUAUUGGAAAUGACUCCGAGUUCAUGGAUGCUAUCACUGUUGGAAAUUAAUUCAAGUGCUAUAAGAACAUUUCUCUUUUAAUGAUUUAAUAUUAUUGUGUCAAGCCUAUUUCAAUGCACUUUGAAUUGUUGAAUCAGACUGUGCGUGCAAGUUUUGUGCUCAAUAAAAUAUUUUGCUCUCGUCAA